AUGGCGUCUCUCUACGCCGCAAAGCAGCAGCUCCGCUCUGCCACGAAGCUCAAGCUCGCUGCCGUCUCGCGCGAGUCUGCCUUGUCCCAGAGCUCCGUCGUUUCCAACGCUCUCAAGACCUUUAAGCCGUAUGUAGACGCUAAGCGGGUUAGUGUGUUUCUUUCCAUGCCCGGCGGCGAGAUACAGACGGACGCCAUCGUCAGGCAUGCUCUCGCCUCGGGCAAGGAAGUUUUUGUUCCGUACCUCCACAAAAACCUGCUGGCAUCGCCCGACCUGCCGCCGCGGGUCAUGGACAUGGUCCGCCUCAGCGACCUCGGCGACUACGAGUCUCUGAAGCCGGACCGCUGGGGCAUCCCGAGCAUCGACCCAGCCACCGUCCACCAGAGGCAAAGGAUUUGCGGCGGACCCGACGCCCAGCACUCGGGCAGAGCGCUCCUUGACCUCAUCCUCAUGCCCGGCGUCGCCUUCGACAUAGACCCCGACAACGGCACCGUCAGGCGGCUCGGCCACGGCAAGGGCUUCUACGAUUACUUUCUCAACCGGCACAGCUCCAAGUCGCUCUCGCUGGGGAUGCAGGAAUCGCCUAUAUUGCUCUACGGCUUGGCCAUGUCUGAGCAGUUCCUAUCCUCUCCAUCUGAGGGUUCAGUACCUGUGGGCCCCCUCGAUCAACCUCUAGAUGGUCUGAUUCUCGGCAGCGGCGAGAUCAAAGGUCGCCCUGAAAAUAGAACACAAUGA